UCUUUGCGGGAGUCGGAUUGGACUCGACUCGACGAGACUCGACGAGACGCCGCGACCCGCCUCGCCGAGACUCGAAUCGUCUUCCGUUGCUCCCACGUGCGACGUUGCUCGUUGAAUCUUAACGAGGGAACAUCGGAGCAUUCUCGCGAGUCGCCGCCCGAUAAACGUUAUCGCGAUAAAGUGCCCGAUAAAACUAGUGGACAAACUUAGAAAAGUUCGCCGGGAGUUGGAUAAGUUUGAAAUGGUCGACUUUCGGUCCGCGUCGCGCUUCGAUCGAAGGGAAGGAUCAUUCACCGGCUAAUCGGGGGUUUCCGAAUUUCAAAUUACUCAUCCGAUCAGCAAUUUCUUUCGUCGAAUCUUAUUCCUACUCUAUUGGAUAGUGGGAACAGUCGCGAGCGAGUCGCACCGAUAAUCCCCGAUGGUACGCGCGGUCGUGCGCGAAUCAUCGGCCGACAGGAACUGCACGUUCAAUCGAGUUUCUGAAUAUUGAAAGGUUGUUGGAAUAGUGUGAUUCAUUCGAUGCGAUUCGUUUCCAGUACGACGCUUUGUAAAAUGUUGUUUUAUCGGUCGCGUAUCUGCCAUCGCAUCCGGCGUGACUUUGACGCUGUCAACGGGGAACUGUAGCAGCGCGAAGAGUAGCGCUAGCGGUUCCGUUUCGAGAAGAAGGAAUCGAUCGGGACGUACAGGAUACGUUUCGUUCGUAAUUCGGUUUGCGCGCGUUUGACAUCCCCGUUACCGUUACGACCAUGCAAACCGAUCGGUCAAGGAACACGACCAUGGGUGUCCAUCUAUUAGCGCAGAUGAACGCCCUUCAAAACGUGUUUACGGAAGUGAUCCACUUCUUGGAAUGUCUGGGAGAAGUGAAUCUCCCGAUCCCGCUCAAAAGUUUCCGGGACGAUCUGUUGAUCCGCUCGAAGCAGACUUUGAUGCGGUUCAUGGCCGAGAAAAUCGGAACACAGACCACUUCUGAGCCGUACUUGAACAUGAGUCCAAUUGCGUUGAAGGGUUUGGUCACAGUCAACGAAAUAGAAACCGAACUCGGGGAAUACGUGGUGGCGGAAGAGCAUCAGAAACAAAAGCAACAAGAUUAUUACGAAAGCUUUCAAACGGUCGAGUCGAAUCACGCAGCGAUCCUAGCCGCGGAAUGCGCGCCUCAACAAUCUCACGCCAAAGAUGAAAAGAUCGAGCACGAGCUGCUAGAGAUCUACGCGAAUUUCCCGGCAGCCCAAGCUAAGAUAAAAUGUUCGAAAUUCGGCCCUCUCGACAGGAAGGAAGGGAAAAGGCUGUUCACUUUUGGACAGUAUCGGAAGUGCUGGGUCGGCUUGAUCGAAUCGUGUUUACUGAUCUACGGGAGCGAUCGGGACAACCGGCCGUACAUUGUGCUACCGAUUCGUGGUUACGCGGCUCGCGCCGCGCCCAACGCCAUACCCAAAGAUCAACGAAGAAGCGGAUCCACGUUUGAAAUCUUUUGCCCUGGCAACAGGACCUUCCAGUUCGUCGCGAAAAGUCCGAAGGAAAUGGAACAGUGGAUCGUGAAAAUCUACGAAAUGGGUAUCGUCGAGAGAAACGAGAACGCGGAAUUGCGAAAAGUCUCGGUAGCCGCGCCGCUCGAAGCUAACGUCCCGGAAGUAAACGCUCGCAUGGUUUCCAAUCGCGUGGAAGAGCAUCAAAAUGUUGGAUGUUCAGGCGUCGAUAAGGCUAAGUCGGAAUUAGCUGCGAAUCUUACCGGUACCGACACGAAAGCGAUCGACUCAUUGUCAAAGAACCUUCUUCCGUCGGUUUCUUCGUCCGCUGCCGCUGUUGUCCUCGACGUCGCGUCCGCUACUGUUACCUCUGUUUCUUCAGUUGCUUCCGCCAGUACUCCCACUCCUGCUUCUGUCCCGGGUCCUUCGUUACCUGCCCGAAUCCCGCGAAGAUUACCGGCCCUACCUACGGCAUCGUACGUGUCCCAAGAGGAGGAGGAGGACGAUAUGUAUUAUAAGAUCGAAGAUUUCAGAAACACGACGCGUACGCGUAAUUACAAGAACGUGCCAAUCGGCAAAGCGAAUCGAAUCGAGAGAGAACCAAGGCUUAACGAUCCUCGAGGGAACCAAGUCUGCUCGGACGUAAAAGAUACGAGUGUAUUGGUAGAAAAACCAAAGAGGAAUUUGGACAACGCGGAACGACCGACUGGCUCGCAAAGCGGAACAAUGUGCAACAAUGAUAGCGAUAACAUUAGUUCCGCGGCGUCCACCUUGAACAAUGAUAAUGUCGGCCGCGUCGAUAAAAGAGACAAAUGUUACGAUGACGCUGAGAGUCUGCGUUUGUCCCCAAGAUCGAGCAACGAUCGGCCGAAUACAAGUGCUUCCGACAAACCGGUGGAACCGGCUAAAUCGCCAGAUAAAUUACAAAAGAAGUCUUUUUUGCAUCGAGUAAGAAACUUGAAAGAAUCUCCACGAAAGGCUGAAAAGAAAGCAACGAAACGCGUAACACCUACGCCACCGGCCGUGGAUGAGCAACAAUUGCCUACCUACGACAAGGUGUCCGCUCUAAUAAACACCAGACAGGUGAAAGGAACCAUCUGUUCGGAAGAAGAAAAAUCCGAGUACACUUGUCCGCCUCCGCCUAGACCAAUUUAUGCGAAUCCUCCUGUAGUCGUUGAUUCGGUUGAUCAGCAGGAACUUUACGAUGACGUCAGUUAUUAUCGAAUAAAUCACAAAGAGCAAGAAACGCUGCAACCGGUCCGAGUAACUCCGAGAAAAUUGAAUUGCACUCAAGGAUCUACUCGACGAAACCUCGAUGACUCUGUAUCAUGUAAAAAUAUUGAUCGACUGGAAUCUCCAGUGUCGCUAGACCAAAUGGAACACUAUCAAACACCGCGGCUCAAAUCGAAUCAACGUGAACAUUGUACCGAUCAACAGGAGGAGCUCUACGACGAUAUCGCCAUACUUGCAGAGUGUCUGGCACGAAAAAAGGAAUUCAAGGAUAGUAAGGACGUCGAAGAAACUGGCAAGGUACAAGUUGCUACGGAGAAGAGAUCUUGUAACCGAUUCAUCGGUGAAAAGAAACCGAAAUCGAUCGAUUUCACUACAGUUCAAGAGACGAAUCCUCGAAACCGGAACGGGAUCGAACAGGUGGACGAUCAUGCCGCGACGAAAAUGAAUAAUAUCCAGAAAUUGAUCAGCAAAAUGGAGAACUCUUUUGGCAAGGCAGCCGUUAAAUCAACACCGACUCUGCUAAACAAAACGAACGCAACCGAUAACGUGUAAUAUCUCACGAGCGUAUAGAUAAUUAUCCCGAAUUUUUAUAUAUUACGAAUACCAAAAGUCUACUGGGACCAAAGAUUUCAAGCUGAUAGAUUUUGAUAAAAAAAUCGAUUUCAUGAAAACGAAGAUCUUUCGUAUAUUUGUAAUUAUUUUUAAUUCAUCAAAAUAAAUAACAGAAGCCCUGAUUCUUAUAUAAUAAUAUGUCGUCUCUUACAUUCAAGCUGGUGCACUGCUAUUAUUAACAUUUUUUAUUUGUUCGAUAGCUCACUCAUAUUCCCCCUAAAGCUGUUUUCAUAGACAUAGUAUAAAUCUUUGCAAAUGCUUUUGGUCCACAUGGUUGCAGCCCGUAUAGAAAAUUGGAACGUAUUGAUGCUGUGUUUCUGAAAUUCUUUCAAAGGUACACCCGUAUUUCUUUCUAUAUAGUUUAUAAGCGUGUUACACCGCUCUGAAUACAUUGGCAGAACUACGAUUAUUAGCAUGCCAGUGAUCAAACUUAGAAGAAGAAACUGUGCAAUUGUGUACUUGCCUGAAACGCGUUGCAAUUUCAUUCAAAUUAACAUGGUGAAAUGAUCGUAAUAGAAAGGUGUCGGUCAACGAUACAUUUACCUUUCAAUGCGUGUUCUUCGUCGGUGUUUGGAUUAUUUUGUCCCAUUGCUGGUAUUACAACCUUAUUUGCGCCUACUUGCGGCUCUUCGGUUGAAGACGUCGAUUUACUUUCAUGUGCAUUUUCUUUAUUAUCCUUCUCCGCUGUUUUCUUUUUUUUCUUUUUUCCAACCUUUUUUGUUAAUAAGGUAUCAGUCUCUGCAUCUACCAACAGUGAAAAUAUUAUUGAUUUUUACUCUCUGUUCCCUGUUAAUUUCUAUUCUCUGUUCCUAAGUAUUACUUGUGACAGCAUUUAAUCUUCGUAAUUUCUCUUCUUCGAUACUGAGUUUUACACGUGACAAGUACAUAACAAUAUUGCGAGCACAGGCUUGACAUUCGGUUAAAUUACUACAGGGACCAGCCACACUGGCUACUGCAGGAGUUAAUGGAUUUUCCUUUAAAUCCAGCCACCUUAGAUUCUUCAAUUCACUUAAACUAAGAGGUAGCCUGCUUAUCUAUAAAAUAAUAUUUCCUA